AUGGGAGCAGUUGAUCGCACAGAUAUGAUGUUGAGCAAUAUAGAAUGCAUGCGCAAAAGUAUGAAGUGGUACAAGAAACUUUUCUUCCACUCAUUAGAUUUAUUAAUUCUAAACUCGCACGCAAUGAUGCAAACAAAAAAUGUUAACAAAAUUCCUUUUGGUGAUUUCCAGCUGAAACUUAUUCGGCAAAUUUUUGAAAAGUUUCCUCUUGACUACCCUACUAUAAGAAUAGCUCGUGGUGUGCCAGAUGUUAGAAGGUUGGUGGAAAAACAUUUUCCUCACGUUGUUCCUGCAACACCGACAAAUAAGACACCUCAAAGAAGAUGUGUAGUAUGUUCGCAAACAAUUUUAGGACCCAGAAAGAGGAAAGAUUCACG